GAUCGCUCUCGCUUGACUACCAUUGCUGCACACAUUGUUGAAAUGAAAGGAAAGUGGACAGCUUGAUCCUGUCUGUGGGGAUGCACCGACAGAGGUAGGUGGAGAUUCAAGAGUGGGUUUUGUUGUGAGGUACAACAAAGCAGAAAGGCUUGCCAGAAGACACAGAUUCAACAUUGGUGGUUUUGGCCACAACAGAAAAAAGGACGUCCACACCCGCCGAUCCAGGCAGUCCGUUGCUGCCACAUUAGAAGAAGCAGUGAGCUGUGGUGACAACAUUUGGCAGCGUGCCGAAGUGUUGGAGGAAAGAGGAAGAGGAAAAAGGAAGAGAAAGAGGAGGGGUAGGUGGAGGAGGAGGACGAGGAGGAGUAGUGGUCCUGGGCCUGGAGCUCAAACACAAGCAGGAUGGCGGAGAAGAAAGUUAGCAGCCUCCCUGCUAAGCUGAUUAAUGGGGGCGUGGCAGGCCUGGUUGGUGUGACAUGUGUAUUUCCUAUUGACCUGGCCAAGACCCGCCUACAGAACCAGCAGGGAGUCCAAGUCUACAAAGGAAUGAGGGACUGCCUGGCAAAGACGGUACGCUCAGAGGGCUAUUUUGGAUGCUAUAGAGGUGCAGCAGUGAACCUCACUCUUGUUACACCAGAAAAAGCCAUCAAGCUGGCUGCCAAUGACAUCUUCAGGCAGAAGCUCUCUAAGGAUGGGCAUUUACCCCUGUGGGGAGAGGUACUGGCAGGGUGUGGGGCUGGGACCUGUCAGGUGGUAGUCACCACUCCUAUGGAGAUGCUUAAGAUCCAGCUGCAGGAUGCAGGAAGGCUCGCUGCCCAGAGGCCUGUUCCAACUCCAGCUCAGGCUGCUGCCCCGGGUCCAGCUCCCUCAUUGGUGGCCCCACCACCAGUGCGACUGAGCCCUUCACCUCGGACCUCGGCCACCAGCAUCACAGUGGAGCUGCUGAAGACUCGUGGACUGGCGGGCCUCUACAGGGGGGCAGGAGCUACCUUAAUGAGGGAUGUCCCCUUCUCAAUGAUCUACUUCCCACUGUUUGCCAACCUAAACGCGCUGGGCCGGGAAAGAGUGGGUGAUGUGCAGGCCCGGUCGCCAUUCUGGCAGUCCUUUAUGGCAGGCUGCGGCGCCGGCUCAGUGGCAGCUGUGGCUGUAACACCACUGGAUGUCAUAAAGACUCGUCUGCAGACUUUGCAAAAAGGUGAGGGGGAGGAUACAUACAGAGGAAUUGUUGACUGCACACGGCGCAUCAUGACGCGGGAGGGCCCAUCAGCAUUCCUGAAGGGUGCUACAUGUCGUGCUCUGGUCAUCGCCCCUCUUUUUGGCAUUGCGCAAGGUGUCUACUUUCUUGGGGUAGGGGAGAUGGUGCUCGGUUUGCUGGAAUAGCAGUGCUUGGCAUUGGUGGCGGUGGAUGUGCUGUUCCUGCUGCUUCAAUCUGCAGUGAAUGAAUGACACAACUAAGUGAACGUUGAAUACAGAGGGAGGGAAAUACGGCCGCUGUCUGCUAUCCAAAGGAAGAGGAGUGGUCUGACAUGUGAAGAGGCUCUAUUUACUAAUAUUUGGACCGAUGGGUUCACACUAAUCAUGUGUCACUAGGUUUUUACAUGCUGUCAACCGGGUUCUGUGGGUUAAACAGGGUCCUGUGUAUGUGUAUGACUAAUCUGAGGAUAUGUGUCCCAAAUUGCCGGGUUAUCCCAGGUGCUUGCUGCCAUAUGUCUGGGGCUUUUUCUUUCACCUGAGAGGGAUUAUUCUGUUUGGUUAAGAGAGAGCUGCUGCAUGUUGUUUUAGGCUGUUAACUAAAAAGCCAAUCUGAUCAUUUGUAUGGUCAUGUCGAAGAACUGUGCACCAUCCUAUGUAAGUGACAAAUUGCCCUUUCAAUCUUUAUCAAAAACUAAGAAUGCAUCAAAUUAAUUGUCAGAAUUUGAACUGACGUCAAAUGCCAAUCAUUUAGAUUUAAUGUUUGAUGGUGCUUGUCUGGAAAAAUGAGCUUAAUCUCCUUCUGCCUAUCCUGUUAUGUGUUCCUCCCACUCCACCCGUGAGGUCUGAGUUGUAAUCUUGGAUUCCUUCAGUGGAUGGUUGGCUGCCAGAAACUCUAAGGUCAGUUGUUAAUCUGAUGGUAAUGCUUUAAUCCCGGCAUUAACGCAUACUAUACCCUAACACACAGCUCACUUCCUGCCUAAAGGCCACAGGUUAGACUGCUGGGCCACUGUCUCGUAGCCUUGACUUCCUCUUCUCCACACAGCUUGGUUUAAAUAAAGCCUGAGAAGCGUAUAUUACUGCUUAGUUACACUUAAAAAUACAUUGCUUCAAUUUAUGUGCGCACAAUAACGGAACAAAAAAUGCAAUUAAAGCCUUAUAAUUGCUAAUAGUUUCUAAAUCAUCAAAACUGUAUGUCUUAAAUUAAUUCAGUGGAAUUGGAAGUGUUGAAACAUUGAUUUGGUACUUGAGUCCAACUUAGCGAGGACAAUUAUAUUUGUUAGACCCAUGGAGGGAGUAUGGCACCUCGUCUUGCCAACUGUUUGCCACUACUUAAAUCCACUGGGUGGCACUAAAAGAAUUUUUUUUUUUUUUACAUUUUUAAUGAAAGACACAUUUUGCUGUGGCCAUUGUACCUAGGCUACUACAUUUUCUUCAUUGUAGAGUGAACAUAGCCUGAGU